GUCUAAUCUAAAGGCCUUUGCAAUGUUAAAAUGUGGGGAUUUUGAGUUUUUGUUAAAGGGCGUGUCCAUAGCGUGGUGACAAAAUUUGAUGUCUCGCCAUAGGAAGAGAAGUUGUUGUUGUAGGCAUAAAAUGUUCGAUCUUCCCCAAAUUUCACAUGUUCGAUAAGAGUCCUGGCCUGAACACAUCUGAAGGCCAAUAUUCCAUUAUAAUGAUAGCGCCACCUGCUGGCAACAGAAAGACUGGCACAUAUAAAUUACUUUGACAUAUUCCACUUAUAUUUACAACUUUAAAUGCAUAUUUCUCGCCGUCCGCCUUUUUUAAUAAAGCCUCUCGCUGGCGGUGAGUCCAGGUGCGAGGGCCCGUUCAUCGCUGCUUGCAGCUUUAAUUAUUUCUUAUAAUUGCACCUUUGUCACAAGUCUGAGUAUUACUUUAUUUCUUGUAAAUGCGACUUAAUUUCUUGUAAUUGCACAUUUAUAUCUCAAACCUGAAACUUAAAUUCUUGCAAAAAAGUAUAGUUAAAUCUCAGUUACCCAACAAUUAACACUGGUUAAUUGAUUAACUAAAGGCUUGUAUAUACCUUAAUAAAACAAAACAAAAAGCCAACCCAAACUAAAUAAAAUAAAUACAUGAUUUAAAUAAAAAGGCAGUGGCAACUUUUGUGACUUUCUUUUAAUUGUAACGAUUUCUUGUAAUUGCAAACAUUUCUUAAAGAUGCAUGUUUAUAUCUUGUAAUAGCGACUUCACAAUGGACUAUACUGUGACUGACAGUCAUGGAUUACUUCUAAAAUUUUGACUUCAUAUCUAACCAAUUUUUUUUAUUAUUAUUUCUCAUAAUUGCAACUUUAGGUCACAAUUGUGAGUAUUUCUUAUAGCUUUAUAACUGUGACUUAAUUUAUCAUAAUUUCGAAUUUUUAACUACUAGAAGAAACACUUCCCGCUAUGCUUGUAACAUUGAUCCUUUAUGAUCCUCCUAAGGCACAUGUGUACUUCUCUCCUACACUGGAUCAGCAAAAGACAUGCUCAGACUGUGAAGAAACAUUAAUUGACGGAGAUUUAUUCAUCAGAUGUGAUGUGACCCACCCACAGGAUAUAGGUGAAAUUCAGAUAAUAAAUGGCUACUUUGUACACUUUUUUGCCCCAGAUGAUUUGCCACAAAUGCCUAAAAAUGUGGUAUUUGUGAUAGACCGAAGUGGCUCCAUGGAGGGAGAGAAGAUGAAACAGACUCGAGAAGCUCUGAUGACUAUAUUAAGUGAACUGCAUGAAGAUGAUUACUUUGGGCUGGUCACGUUUGAUGACAUUAUAGAGUUGUGGAGACCAUUUCUUAGCAAAGCUACACCAGAGAAUGUGACAGAAGCGAAAGGAUUUGUCAAGACUAUUAAAGCGCGAGACACAGUAAUAACCGAGUACAUGAAGUCUUUAUUCUGCAGUAAAUUACUGAUUCUGUAUUAA